CGCGCACUGAUCAAAUCCUGAGUUACCACGGCAACAGAGGAGGAGUUUGCACUUCGACCCGUGAGCACAUCGGCGGAAAUGAGGAACUAGGAAGUCGAGUGCACGGCUGAUUUGGAAUACCGCACAUUUGUUUAAGAUGCGUUAGUGUCGUCUACAGCAAUUUAUUAAUUUUCAUCCAGCACAGAUGCAGAGAAUUAAUACCGAUUGGCAUAAGCGGUCAUCCCACAUGCAGUGGCGUCGCUAGCUGUGCUCGAGAACGAUGCUUCAGAGGUGACCUGAGUUGGAACGGAGUGAAUGUGUGGAGUGUUUGCAGAGUGUAACAACAUCAUUACCUCCUCUAUUAAUAGUCGUGGCUUUUGAAAUGACAAAUAUGUUCUUCCCACGCUUUUAAACAUAACUUUCCAUUUUUAUCUACUCUUGGUCAUUCAUUUCCUGUGAUUAGAAGCUAAACGAAUUGCCAAGGCCAAAUUGAAGUAAUAUACGUAUCAUUUCAUACACCAAAAUCCAUAAUUUUACGCCUGAAGUCAUCAUGUCAUUGGGCGAACAGUCACAGAAGUGGUUUCCAACUCACGUCCAAGCCACUGUUCUUCAAGCCACAGACCUGCAACCAAAGGGCAAGAAUGGCACCAACGAUGCCUACACCAUCAUCCAGCUUGGCAAAGAGAAGUACUCCACAUCGGUGGCGGAGAAGACCCUCAGCCCAGUGUGGAGAGAAGAGGCUUCAUUUGAACUGCCAGGGCUGCUGAUGGAGAGCAAUCCAGAGGUUUAUGAGCUGUGCCUCACAGUCAUGCACAGGUCCCUGGUUGGAUUGGAUAAAUUUCUGGGCCAAAAAAUCAUCAACUUAAAUGAAAUAUUUGACAACAAGGAACGGCGAAAAACUGACUGGUACACGCUAGACUCCCGGCCAGGAAAGAAGAGGAAAGACCGAGGCAAGAUUCAAGUUAGCAUCCAGUUCAUGCGGAACAACAUGACAGCCAGCAUGUUCGAUUUGUCUAUGAGAGACAAACCCAGAUCGCCAUUCUCCAAGCUCAAGGAAAAGAUGAAGGGUCGCAAGCACGACGGUGUCUUUUCAGACACAUCUUCCGCCAUCCUUCCACGCUCAGGACAGAGCGAGACUGAUUCUCUGCCAGACCAGCACCCGCACCCUCAGGCUGCACCUGAACCCAAGCCAAAACGCUCGCUGCUCACUGGGACGCAGAAACUUUCUGCUGCUCACUCCAUGUCUGAUCUGAUAGGAACUCACUUCAGGCCCAAACUCGACUCCAUGAACUCUAUUGAAGAGAAAGGGGUCGCUGCAUCUCACAGACACUCUCAGAGCGAUGGAUAUGGUUGCCCAACCAGCGACGUUCCAUGUGACCCCUUUUCCGACAUCGGAGACAACAUGCCCCAGAAAUACGCCACUCUCCCACACAACCGCAAUCCCUUCGAGGGAGAUCAGGGGAUACUGUGGGGGGCAGAGAAGAGAGAGAAGAAGCUUGGUCUUCUGGGCAGAGUGACUGGGAAGAAAGAAGGAAAGAAAACGGCCGCUGGAAUGCGAAUAGGAAGCUCUGGAGACCUGCGAUCUCCAAACCCCUUUACAACUGAAACCAACCCUUUCCUAUCACACUACAGAUCCAGUGACAACAUGAGAAAACCCACUAGCAAUGAGGACCUUACGCAGAGAUUCAAAACCUCUCCCGACAAGAAGCACGGCAUGAAAAGUGCACAUGAGUCUGAACAUCUGCAGAUGAAUAUGGCGGCCUACAGCAAUCUCUCCUUUGAGGAAGUUGUGCAAGAACUCAUCAAGCAGAAAGAUGUGGUGAGAAAGAAAGAUGCUCAUAUUCGGGAGCUGGAGGACUACAUUGAUAACCUGCUGGUCAGGGUAAUGGAAGAGACACCCAGCAUCCUGAGAACACCCUAUGAGCCCAAGAGAAAAGCCGGGAAGAUCUCGAAAAAGUAAAGGAUCACAAAAGCAUGCUGGCAUAACUUAAGUUUUCUGGCAAAAUAUAUAUCGCUUGUAAAAGGACACUGGAAUGUUGGUUCUGACAGAACACAAGAAUAUUUGUUCAGACGCGAACUGAUUUCAUGCCAUAAAGAUACUCUUAGGUUUUCAAGAACAGCGGAUAUAUUGUGAAGAAAGAUGGGCAGUAAAUGUGGUGAUGCCAAAUCCCCUUUUAGAUUUUUCCUUUACUUUAUUUUUUUUUUAAAUAAUAUUUUGAGCUGUU